AUGGCGCAGCGCGAGGCGCGUGCGGGUAAGGCGGCGGCGGCCGGCGGCGGGGGGCACGUCGCGCUGGAGAUGGGCGGCUGCGUGGGGGAGCAGAACGCGGCGGCGACGACGACGACGACGUGGGCGUACGGGGCGGCCGUGGCGGGCGUGGGGCUGGUGGGUGCCGGCGUGCUGGUGUGGUGGGCGCUGGCGUUCCACCCGGCGCACCAGCAGCUGUGGAUGGUGCCCGUCGGCCUCGUCCUCCUCGGCACGCCGCUCCUCGCCUGGUUCUCCCUCUUCGCCUCCGGCGCUUGCCGCUGGAUCGACCGCCUCCGUGACCACCAGCCACCGCCCGUCCGCCCUGCCCCGGACCCGGAGCGAUGA